AUGCUUAAUGAGAAGAGAGUGUUCGAUGCUGCUGUGAAUUCUGCCAGUGUGACCGAAACCACUGAAACUAGAGCAAAUGAGAAAUUGGAAAUUAACAUUCCUGAACCAUCUGAUUUUAAAAAACAAUUCAUCACAAAGUUAACGGAUGAACAAAAGGAACUAUUAGAUCUUGAAAUCAACACAUUAGAAGAUUCUUGGUUUCAAGCAUUAUCCAAAGAAUUUUUGAAGCCAUACUUUUUGGAUCUAAAGAAGUUUUUGAAAACACAGUAUAACGCUAAACAAACAAUUUUCCCACCACAGAAUGAAAUAUAUUCAUGGUCAAGACUAACACCACUGAAUCAAGUCAAAGCUAUUAUACUUGGUCAAGAUCCAUAUCAUAAUUUCAAUCAGGCUCAUGGGUUAGCAUUCUCCGUUAAAGAUCCAACACCUCCUCCACCAUCCUUGAAAAACAUGUAUAAAGGUUUAAAGAUUGAUUAUCCAGACUUUGUCAUACCCACAGGCUCUAGUGCUGGAGAUCUAACCAAAUGGGCAGCUCGUGGUGUUUUGUUACUAAAUACUUGUCUUACAGUUAAAGCACAUGAGGCAAAUUCACACUCCAAAAAAGGGUGGGAACAAUUCACAGAAGUUGUGUUGAAGAAAGCUAUUGAAAAUGAUAAGAAAAUCGUGUUAUUCCUAUGGGGGAUGCCAGCUCAGAAAAGAGUAGUCAAUAUGAAGUUGAAUCCAGAAAAGAUACAUGUUUUGAAAUCAGUGCACCCAAGUCCGUUGAGUGCUCGCAGAGGGUAUUUCGAAGGUCAUCAUUACAUCCAGUGCAACAAAUGGCUGAUGGAAAACGGAGAGCAGCCGAUUGACUGGGCUCUAGCUGAUGGAAACACCAUUGAUUAUACAAAAUAA